CGUCAAUAUGUCAUGUUCAAAAUUAUUUUCAGGAGAUUUACCCGAAUUAUUAAAUGAAAUUAUGAAAUAUUUGAAUGAUAUUUCAACUUUACAUUCAUGUGUUUUAGUUAAUAGAAUAUGGUGUCGUAUGGCAAUUCCAUUAUUAUGGGAAGAUCCAUUUUCAUUUCAUGAUUAUAGUAUUAUUGAUUAUCUCUUAAAUAAUUUAAGUGAAGAAGAUAAAAUAAAAUUAAAAGAAUAUGAAAUUAAUAGUAAAAUAUUACCAUUAAAUACAUUAUUUAAUUAUCCAAGUUUUAUUAAAAAGUUAAAUACUAAGGAUAUGAUUUAUUGUAUUAAAAAAUGGGUGGCAACAUCUAGUACCCUAAAAAAUGAUAAACAAAAUUUAAUUUUACGUUCAAAUUUUUUAAAUUCAAUAAGAUUAAUAUAUAAAUCAUUAUUUAAAAUAUUAAUUGAAAAUCAAGUAAAAUUACAUACUUUUAAAAUUAAAAUUAUUACAGGAGGAUUUUUUAAUAGUAUUAUUGAAUUAAUAUUACAAAAUCCAAAUUUCAUUUAUAAUAUUAAAAAUUUUAUGAUUUGUAUUUCUUAUAGAAGUAUUAAUAAUUUAAAAAAUAUUGAAACAUUUUUAUCAUUAUUAUCAUUAAAUAAUAAUUCAUUUUCAACCCUUUAUUUUCAAUAUGGUAAAUUGAAUAAUAUUAUUAAACAUACAUCACUUAUGAUUUCUUUACAAAAAAAUCUUAAAAAAAUUAUAUUUCGUUCAAAUGAUUAUCCUUUAUAUGAUUCAUUAUUAUCAUUAAAAAAUUCUAAUUGUUCAAAUACUUUAAAAACUAUUAUAUUUUAUCAAAUUGAUUUUAAUAAUAUUUUCAUUUUUAAAGAAUUUUUUGAACAAUUAAAUGUUUUAGAUUCUAUUCAUAUGAUUUAUUGUCAAUUUUUUAAUUCUGAAUUUAUUCAACAAAUUAAUAAUCUUAAUAAACCAUUUAAAUUAAGAUCUUUAUAUAUUCAAGAUGGAACUUAUCAUAUUGAUUCUAUGGAAUUAUUAUUAAAAAAAUCAAAUGAUUAUUUAGAAAAUUUUGGUUUUGGACUUGAAAAUCGUAUAUUAAUUGAUUUGGUUAAAAAUCAUUGUAAAAAAAUUAAAUUUUUGGAAUUUCCUGAAUUUGAUAAUAUUUAUUUAGCAUUUGAUUUAAUUGAAAAUAUUGGUCAAAAUCUUAAUUAUCUUAAUAUUUGUUUUCAUGAUUCUUAUAAUGAUUAUUAUGAUGAUGAAGAAUUAAUUGAAUUUAGUUCAACUAUAUUAAAAGAUUUAGGUCAAAUUCUUCCUUUAAGAUUAGAAUAUUUAUAUUUAUAUCUUUAUACAAUUACAACAAGUGAUUUUGAAAUAUUUUUAAAAAAUUCUCAGAAUACAUUUAUUGAAAAAUUUUUAAUUAUUAAUCAUACUCAAACUAAAGAUGAUGAUAAUAAUUUAACUAAUUUAUUAGAUGAAUAUAUUGUGAAAAAGAGAAGAGUUAGAUAUUUGGCAUUAAAAGAUCAUGAUAUGUUUUAUUUGGAAGAGAAAUGUAAAUUGUAUGGUAUUAUAAUUAAAGAUUAUAAACAAUUAUUUACUAGUUUUUAUGAUUAUAUAAAUGAAGUGUAUUAAAAAAUUAGUUUAUGUAGUAUUAUUAUUCUUUGUAAAGUUAUAUAUA